UGUUAGGUUUUUACUACAAUUGUCUGAAAUAAAAAAGAACAUGUUAUGCAUUUUUAAAGGUAAACUGAAUACUAGAUACCAUAUAUGUUGCUCGUGAGGAAGAGAAAUUCUACAGUCUUGUUGAUCCUUUUGGUUAAUUUUGAGGAGCCAGAACAAUAUAAUGGGAAUCAAGGAACCUUCUUUGUUUGACUGCCUUUAAUAAGAUUUUAUAGCAUGUGCAGUGCAACAAGAAAAUUUAAAUGUUGCUUGAAAUAUAAAGGACUUCUGUGUGUAGGAAUUGACAUGUUAUUAUCUAUUAUACAUUUCUUUUUUCUUGAUAAGAAACUAAGAGAAAGCUUAUGUUGAUUGAAAAAGGAUUUUCAAAGUAAAGAACAAGCUAUCCACAACAUAUCUUUACAUGUAGGAUUUUGAAAAAAAAAUUCAAAAUCUAGGGGAGCGAUUCUGGGUAGGAUUUGUCUUGUUUGGGAUUUUUGUGGAUGUUCCUACUAUGUGCGGGGCUGGGUAGUUCUUGUUUGGAGUUGGCUGAUGUGCGACUGGUGCUUAGACUGGCAGCAAGUGGGGGGCUGGUGCGUGGUUGGUGUUAGUUUUGUCUUUUACUGGGCUUUUGUUAGGUGUAGGGUCUGGCAACAACCAAGUCUCAUGGAUCAAUAUCCUACUAUAAAAAAACAAGGGUAAAAGGGGUAUCAUUAAUAAUUUCAAAGUCUGAGAGCCCAUGUGAUAAAAUUUUCUUUUUGUCAAUUUGCAAUGGUUGUUUAAUUUCCUGUCUUGGGAUUUUUCUCUUUCAAUGGAAGUUUAUUGGUGGCUACUUCCAUUUGAAGUUCAAGAAUUUUUUUUUGUAAUGGCUGCUGUUUUUAUUUGUGUGUUUUGGGGUGCUGCUGUGGCACAACUGGUUGGUUGGUUUCUAUAGCUGCUGAGGUGCUUCCUUUUGUUGUGGUGUGUGCUUGCUAUUGCUUCAUGUCUCUGAGGCUUGCUAUGGUUGUUGUGUCUCUUAGUGGGAGCUUAAUUCCUUGCUCCCCUUGGUUUCUUGUAAUUCUGGGUUACUCUUUAUUCUUUUAUGAGCAGCUCUUGCAAUGUUUUCUAUCCCUCAACUCGUAUCAUCACCAUAGGAUUAUACAGAGAUUUGGGAAGCUUUGUUCUCUCUCUAACUUUUCUUGUAGAAAACUCUACUUGUUUUCUUCUAGUUUGUGUUUAAUUAAUGAAAUAUUGUAGCUUGGACUUUAGAGUGUUUCAACCUCAAAAUCCUGAAAGUUAUUGAGCCAAACACUCAUAAUCAAGCAAACACAAAAACUGGGAAAUGAUAUGUAGAAUAAUGAGAUGUAUUAUAUUGAUAAAAGAGUAACAAAUGCAGACAUUCAAAGGAAAUAGUAAUAAGCAAGAAAAGAAAACAUAGUUACUAGCAUUUCGAGGAGCUAGUGGCCUCCCAACAAUAUUCCCUUUAGAAAACAACUUAACCCCUUUCACAGUAUUGGUUCCCUUUUUAUGCUUCCCCACUAAUAUUCUCUAAUUCUAGGACAUGUGGAUUAUUCCUCUAACUAAUUCUCACUGCUCUUCUUCCCACUAAUGCCCUUUCUCCUCUUCUUUAGAUGUGGUCUAUCAAAUUAUUAAUCACCUCUUAUAUAUAUAUCAACCAUGAUAUUCUACAUACUUGGGGUCAAAAGCAAUAUUUAAACAUUGUGGACUCUCUUGUGCUUUUUCUUUCAGGUAUCUCCCCUAUUAAGAUAAGAACACGAUUAUAUUUGUCUUGCUAUGGUAGGAGACUGGGAGAUAAAAGGGAAGGCUUUAGGAGAGUGGGAGAUAAAAGGGAAGGCUCUCUCCAUUUCUGUUUAUAGAAACUCGAGGUAUGUCAUUUUAAUUCUUUGAUAUAAAUAUAUUUUUUUAAAAGGACUAUCAUCCCUCACCUCUCUUGAGAGGUUUCAGCCCUAUUAAGAUAAGAACACGAUUAUAUUUGUCUUGCUAUGGUAGGAGACUGGGAGAUAAAAGGGAAGGCUUUAGGAGAGUGGGAGAUAAAAGGGAAGGCUCUCUCCAUUUCUGUUUAUAGAAACUCGAGUGAUGGAGUUAGAGUUGCAGAGGGGAGCAGCAGUCAACUUUGGUAAAUCUUUAAUAGUACCAAAUGUUCAGGAAUUAGCAAAACAACCCAUCGUCGACAUCCCACCUCGAUAUAUUCGUUCUCAUGACGACCCUCCGAUUGCCACCCAUGACUCCUGUCUUCCAUCUGUAGCUGUCAUUGAUCUUCAGAAAUUGGCUUCUGUGGAUUAUGAAUUGGAGAGGCUGCACUUAGCUUGCAAAGAAUGGGGAUUCUUUCAGGUUAUAAACCAUGGAGUCAGUAUUUCAUUGCUGGAGAAAUUCAAGAUGGAAAUUGAAAAUUUCUUCAAACUUCCAUAUGAAGAAAAGAAGCAGCUGUGGCAGGAGCCAGACAACCAUGAAGGUUUUGGGCAGCUCUUUGUGGUUUCAGAGGAUCAAAAGCUAGACUGGUCAGAUAUGUUCUAUAUCACAACCCUUCCACUCAAUCUGAGGAACACUCAACUCUUUAACAAGCUUCCUCCAAAUCUCAGAGAGGUGUUAGAAACUUAUUCCAUGGAAGUGAAAAAGCUAGCUAUGGGAAUAUUAGAUCACAUGGCUAAAGCAUUAAACAUGGAUUGUGAAGAGAUGAGAGAUAUGUUGAAUGAUGGAGUUCAAUCAAUGAGAAUGAAUUAUUAUCCUCCAUGUCCUGAACCAGAGAAGGCCAUUGGUUUCACACCACAUUCUGAUGCUGACGCUCUCACUAUUCUCUAUCAAUUCAAUGACACUGAAGGCCUUCAAAUUCACAAAGAUGGGAGAUGGAUUCCAGUUACACGGCUUCCAAAUGCUUUUGUAGUCAACAUCGGAGACAUCAUGGAGAUUGUGAGCAAUGGCAUCUAUAAGAGCAUUGAGCACCGAGCAACGGUAAACUCAAUGAAAGAGAGGCUGUCUGUAGCAACAUUCUAUAGUUCCAAGCUAGACACUGAGUUGGGCCCGGCACCAAGCCUGAUUCGCCCAAAUAGUCCAGCGAUUUUCCGGCCUGUCCCGUUGGAGAAGUAUUUCAAGGAAUUUUUUGCUCGGAAAUUAAAUGGCAAGGCGUACCUUGAUUUUAUGAGAACAAAUGGAUAAAGAAACUGUGGAAGCCAGUAAGAUUUGGAGUCAGCUGUCAUUCUCAAUGGAUUCGUUGUGACUUUACUUUGACAUGAAAAUCAAUCUUCUUAAUAUCGAAAAAGACAGACUCACGUGUAUUCUCGUAUUUCACAUUAAUAUUUGGCAGUGGCGUAGUUCCACUGCAAAAGUUGGAUUUUCCAAUAAUGCACAGCAAAAACCUUGCAAUUAUGUGAUAAUUAAUUAAUCAAAUUACGCUU